AUGGAGACGGUGUGCUUCGUCAUAGAGAAGGAUAAGUGGGAGGGCUGGUUCUGCGAUGGGGCGUGCGUGAAGCGACUCAACCUGUGCAUCGUGACCGAGUUCGUCAAGAACGGCAGCCUGCGCGACAUCCUGGCCAACAACAGCGUCAAGCUGGCCUGGGCGCAGAAGCUCAAGCUGCUGCACAGCGCGGCGCUGGGCAUCAAUUACCUGCACUCGCUGUUCGUCAAGCGCGGCGCGCUCAAGGAGAUCAUCGCCGACUCCUCCAUCCGCCUCCCCUGA